AUGAGAAGAUUGAAAAAGAGAAGCAAGAAAACUAACAUUCAAACAAGCCAGCAUAACUUUGACCGAAGCCAGCAGAAUAGGAAGAUUCUGAAAAUCUUUAUAACUAUUGUCAUUGCCUUUUUUGUAUGCUGGACACCACUCUGUAUUUAUCUUUUUCUUAGAAAGUUUUUUCCAUCUCUGUUUCCGAAGGACAAAUGCCAAUUAAUUACUGGUUUUACCUUCUAUGUUUUUCCGUCUUUAAGUACAGCAAUCAAUCCGGUCAUCCUCUUUGUGUUUAGUACAAACUAUAAGCAAGCCUUGAGAACUCUGUGUUCUCAAUUCGUCUCUCUCUAUAAGUGUAGAGGUAAAGUGAGC